UCCUUCCCAGGUUUUCCAACAAGCACAAUAAUCCCAUGCUUCAGAUGGAAGUUUACCUGAAUUCCACACCUUAUUAAAACAAAUAUUUAAUAUUUUACACAAUUAAAUAUCUGAUAAAUGUUGAAUCAUUGCAUAACAUCAUCCUUGCCAGGAGAUGAUUGUAACUGCUUCGGGUUUGUUGUUAUGUGACAGUAGUAACUUUCAAGGCACACAAGUGCAGCAAUCUCGUGAUAGGGGCGGUUUGGCGGCGUCAGUCUUUCCAGUCUGGAGUCUGACGCACUCCGCCAGCCAAUAAGCUCAUGUAGCACUUCAGCACCCGAGCCCGCCGUAGAAGCAGGAUUUCUUCAAAUAAAGAUGGCAGAUGUUGUCGAAGGAGAUGGCAUUCGAUCCGCUGCCCCUUCCACGCUUCACUCAUCGGCUCGUAACGGCUCCGGUAUGAGCUCGGGGACGUGCGCCGGCGGGCACGUCGCCACCACGGUCACCUCCGGGCCUCGGCUGGUCCGCAUCGUCAAGUCGGACUCGGGCUACGGCUUCAACGUCCGCGGGCAAGUGAGCGAAGGAGGGCAGUUGAGGAGCAUUAACGGUGAACUUUACGCUCCACUGCAGCAUGUCAGCGCCGUGUUACCGGGCGGCGCGGCAGACCGAGCAGGAAUCUCAAAGGGCGACCGUAUUCUUGAAGUGAAUGGAGUGAAUGUAGAAGGGGCCACUCAUAAACAGGUGGUGGAUCUCAUCCGAGCCGGUGAAAAAGAGCUGGUCUUGGCUGUCCUGUCGGUCCCUCAGACAGAGACCGACAGCCUUGAUCCUGGGGACGACGGCUCAUCCCAAUCCUGCUAUGACUACAGCGACAAGCAGGCCGUGCCCAUCUCUGUGCCCACCUACAAACAUGUGGAGCAGAACGGGGAGAAGUUUGUAGUCUACAAUGUAUACAUGGCAGGCAGGCAGUUGUGCUCUAAGCGCUAUCGGGAGUUUGCCAUCUUGCAUCAGAAUCUGAAGAGAGAAUUUGCAAACUUUACAUUUCCCAAGCUGCCGGGGAAAUGGCCUUUCUCCCUAUCCGAACAACAGCUAGACGCUCGCAGACGAGGGCUGGAGGAAUACUUAGAGAAAGUAUGUUCUGUUCGGGUAAUUGGGGAGAGCGAUGUCAUGCAGGAGUUUUUGUCAGAGUCAGAUGAGAACUAUAAUGGUGUUUCUGAUGUGGAACUGAGGAUAGCCAUGCCAGAUAAAACGACAGUUACUGUCUGGGUGCGGAAGAAUUGCACAACAGACCAGGUCUACCAGGCUGUAGUAACAAAGAUUGGGAUGGACAUUAUUACUGCUAGUUAUUUUGCUCUGUUUGAAGUCAUUAACCACUCUUUUGCACGCAAGCUGGCCCCUAAUGAGUUCCCUCAUAAGCUCUAUGUGCAGAAUUACACAUCUGCCAUCCCAGGCACCUGCCUCACGCUCCGCAAAUGGCUCUUCACUACAGAGGAGGAGAUUCUGCUCAAUGACAACAAGCUGGCCAUCAAUUAUUGCUUCCACCAGGCUUUAAAUGAUGUGAAAAAGGGAUUCAUCAAAGUGGGAGAGAAAUCCUACCAGCUCCAAAAGCUUACUGAACAGAGGAAAAUGACCAUGUAUUUAAGUAUUCUGAGGACAUGUGAGGGCUACAAUGAGAUCACUUUCCCUCACUGCUCCUGUGACUCGCGUAGGAAAGGUCACGUCAUCACUGCGAUAAGCAUCCACCACUUUAAACUCCAUGCAUGCACUGAGGAUGGUACUCUAGAGAAUCAGGUGAUUGCGUUUGAAUGGUCAGAAAUGCAGAGAUGGGACACGGAUGAAGAGGGAAUGGCUUUCUGUUUUGAGUAUGCGCGAGGGGAGAAAAAGCCUCGCUGGGUCAAAAUCUUCACUCCAUAUUUCAACUACAUGCAUGAGUGCUUCGAGAGAGUCUUCUGUGAGCUCAAAUGGAGAAAAGAGGUUGAAGAGGAGGCCACAGACAAGGACAAUAAAAACUGCAGUAAAGAUGGUAUGUGCAGUAAGAAUAUCUUCCAAAUGUUGAGACACAGAAGGGAUGGAGGCACAUGAACGAAGAGAUCAUCUCCUCUUGAGUCCUCAAGUACACGCAUACGCAUAUACACAAACACUUAUAGCUGCAUACACAGGCCCAAAUAAGAACUACAGUAUUUCAAACCAGUCACAUACAACGCUUAAUCUACAACACAUUCUUAAGUACUCUUCUUCAAAUCCAAGGCUGAGAAAUAAGAAGAUAUAAAGCAGGAAAUUACACAACCACAGGACAGUGAAGAAAAUAAGUAAACUUUUAAAGAUUUUUGCCAUCACAUCAAUUAAUUGGACUGGACUGAUCUGGCUAAUGCACCUGGAGAAAGGAAUUGUUUGGUUGAAUGACAUAUGCCAUUCAUAACUUCAGAUGAACACAUCCUGGUCAUUGACAUGGCACCAGCAUUGCAAUUGGUCCAGGUGACUAAUUUUACAUUGUGUGGCUGGUCACAAGACAAGGUCUUCAGACUGGUUACUUUUUCAGAAGUGUUUACAAACUUGAGUUUAAGAGACAGUUUUCCUUGGAAAAGUGGUUAAAACGGAGAGACAGGAGUGUGUUUAUUUAAAAACAUGGAAACCUCAGUAGUGGAACUAAGGCAUCAUACUGACACUAACACAUGUUCAUACACCUGUGCGGGCAAAGAUGCUCUCAGAAUGUAUCAAUUAAAAAAUAAAUUGCUAGAUUUUUCACUUGGACAAUCAGAGUGAGAGAGGGAAAGAGAAAAUGUACUUUUUCAACCUAUUUAAAAAGAGGGCAAGAGAGACGGAUCAAUACUUUCCAUGUUUUUUCACACUAAUUUGUGUUACCUCACUAUUGCCAUUAUGUUGGUAGUAUGUUUGUACAGAUUGUCAGCCCUAUUGCUGAACUGAGGUUUUAUUUAAUUUUUUUGUUCUCUCAUCUGUCUUUUAUUCUCUAAAGCAGUAUUUGAUUGCAUUAGCCAUUGCCAGGCCCAAUGAAAUUUUUAGAACUGAUUUGGGGGGCAAAUAUCUGUGGAAUUCUGCAGUAUGGGUAGUGUUCUUGGUAGCUAAAAGCAUGAUCAAAAUGGCCAAAAUAUUUAAUAAACGAACAUGCAAGGGGUGGGGAAUAAGUUGAGCUUAUGGGUCAUUGAACGUGGAAUAAUGGGCUUUGGAAUUCAUCUGAGCUUUCUGCUGAGUUACGCGGGGGUAGAUUCCAUAUUGGCCUGGCCUUUGCCCACUAAUUAUCUGUACCAGUGCUCUAUGUGGGUGCUUUCUCUGCACUUAGAGAUAGUUCACCCAAAAAUGAAAAAAUUCUCAUCGUUUUCAGUUGUUUAUGACUUUCUUUCUUCUGCAGAACAUAAAAUAGGAUUUUUAGAACAAUAUCUCAGCUCUGUAUGUCUAUACAAUGCAAGUGGAAGUGUGCCAAACUUUUGACACUCCAAAAAGCACAUAAAAGCGUCAUAAAAGUAAUCCAUAUGACUCCAGUGUUUGAAUCCAUAUUUUCAGAAGUGAUAGGAAAGGUGUGAGUGAGAAACAGAUCAAUAUUUAAGUCUCUUUUUUUUUUUAUGCUAGAAAAUCUUCUCCCUGCCCAGUAGGAGGCGAUAUGCACAAAGAAUAUGAAUCACCAAAAACACAAGAAGAAGAAUGUGAAAGUUAAAGUGGAGAUUGACUGGGCAUUUAGGAGAAUUUAUAGUAAAAAAGGACUUAAAUAUUUAUCCGUUUCUCACCCACACCUAUAAUAUUGCUUCUGAUGACAUGGAUUUAACCACUGGAGUCAUAUGGAUUACAUUUAUGCUGACUUAUGUGAUUUUUGGAGCUUCAAACAACUUGCAUUGUAUGAGCCUAAAGAGCUGAGAAAUUCUUCUAAAAAUCUUAAUUCUGAGUUCAGCAGAUGAAAGAAAAGCAUACACAUCUGGGAUGGCAUAAGAUUGAGUAUGAGAGAAUUUUCAUUUUUGGGUGAACAAUUCCUUUUAAAUUACUUGAUUUGUUUUAACAGUGUUAUGAAUGUGAAGUACUGAAUAGGAAAUACAGAUUAGUUAUGUGUGUGUCUGUGUGAGUGAAUGUUGGACUGGUUGGUUUGAGUUUUGGGCUGUCAUGCCCUCAUCGAUCAGUAGAUGGCUCUGACUGCACCUGAUGCCAUCUGCCUUUGAUGUAAUUUAUCUGUUUGUUUUACUUUUCCAUUUUACUUAUUGUAGUGUGCAUACAAACCUGUCACUCCAGACCAGUCAUGACAUGAUUUGCACUUUUUAAACGAUGUAUGUGUGAGCCAAUGUCUGUGUGUUAAAGACUGACUGCAUGCCAUUUCUGUCCUGUAUUGUUCCAUGAACCUUCUGAUGAAUUUCUGAGUCGUCGCAUUCAUAGACAAACCAAGCGAGCAAGCGAUGUGAAUUGAAUGACCUGAGGAUUUGUGUUCUGUUGGAGCCACAGCUGUCUUAGAUAACAAUUAUAUGCUGGUUAUCAUGGGUUAUCAUGGGAUUUCACAGAAUCUUGCAAAGCCUCGGCUUAAGCACAUGGUUCAUAUCUCUCUUUGAUCUUGUUAAAAUGAUACCUUAUCAUAGACUUUUAGAUAAGACUUUUGUGUGUGUCUCUUCCCCUCUCUCAUUUUCAGCUCUUCUCUUUCAUUCUCUCUCUGUUUGUUUGCUCUGGUUGUGUUCUUUCUCUCUCUUUGACUGAAAUUUUAAUUUAUUAUACAAAUAUCUCUGUGUACAGUAUUUUCAGCUGUGUGAGUUUUUGGGUAAUCUUUUCAAAUAAGGAACAAAAAGCAUUUACAAAGCAACUCCAAGGAGUAGUGUAAACUGAAAAAAGCAAUGUAGGGAGCAUACUGCAAAUAAAACCAAAAGCAAGACAAACCGUAUACUAGGAGGUUUUGAUCUAGAAACGUAGUUGACAUGGACAUAAUUUUGUGUACAAGAAAAAUGUUUGGUCAUAGCAGUAUAAUAAAAUUUAACAUAUUCUUUUAAAUAAAUUGACUUA